CACUCUCUCUCUCUCUUUAAGUCUGAUAAACAGUCAGUCAGUCGUCACAGUGGUAAGUAAGUGGUAAUAAUAAUUAUAACACCAAAAAAAUAAAACUUUCAAACCAAAAUGCAUCACAGUGUGCAGCAGAAAUCAUCUCAUUUCUAGCAUUCCCCAUUUUCAUCUUUCAGCUAAUGUUGAUAUUUUUUUUCUCGUUCUGAGGAGGAAAAAGGCAAAGAAAAUGAAGAAUUCUACUGAAGCUAAACAUUUGAUUGGUAAUGGAAUAAGGAGAUCAGAAGAUACAUUAGCUCAUAAACUCUCAGCUAAAACGUCAGUUUUUAGUAUAAGACUUUAUGUUCUAAUUGGAGUUUGUGUUGGUCUUCUGGUUUUAGCUAUACUGCUCUUAAUAUUUCUCUGUUGUUUUCGGAGAAAAUCGAUUAAACGGAGAAUGAGGAUAAAACAUUGUUCAGGUUCAACUCCGAUGAUUUCUAAAGAGAUUCUUGAGAUUCUUGAUGAAGGCAUUAGGUUAAAAGAAUCAAACGAGUUUAUUGAUUGUGAAAAAAAUGAAGUAAUAGUCCAGCAACAUCAUAAUAAAGUUAUGAAAAAUGGAAGUUUAGGGAGUUUGUUAUCUGGAGGUAGUAGUCAUGAGAGUUCUUCAUCUGGAGGUUCUUCAGUUGAAGUACCAGAUCUUGGAUGGGGUAGAUGGUAUACGUUAAGAGAACUUGAAACCGCUACCGACGGAUUUUCUGAUGAAAAUGUGAUUGGUGAAGGUGGAUAUGGGAUUGUUUAUCGAGGAGUUUUGCCUGAUUCUUCUGUAAUUGCAGUCAAAAAUCUUCUAAACAAGAAGGGACAGGCAGAAAAGGAGUUCCAAAUUGAAGUUGAAGCCAUUGGAAAAGUAAAGCAUAAAAACUUGGUAGGUCUUAUUGGGUAUUGUGCAGAAGGGACUCAAAGGAUGCUCAUAUUCGAAUACAUGGACAAUGGGAAUCUGGAGCAGUGGUUGCAUAGCGAUGAGGGGCCUGUGAGCCCUCUUACGUGGGACAUUAGAAUGCAGAUUGCAGUAGGAACUGCAAAGGGAUUAGCUUAUUUGCACGAAGGGUUAGAACCAAAAGUUGUACACCGUGAUGUCAAAUCUAGUAAUAUUCUUCUUGAUAAAAAGUGGAAUCCCAAAGUCUCAGAUUUUGGAUUGGCUAAGCUCUUGGGAUCAGAUGCAAGCUAUGUGACUACACGCGUAAUGGGGACAUUUGGAUGUGUGGCACCAGAUUAUGCAAGCACAGGUAUGCUAAACGAGGCCAGUGAUGUGUAUAGUUUUGGAGUUCUACUCAUGGAACUAAUAUCAGGAAGAACCCCCGUUGAUUAUGCUAGACCAGCUGGAGAGGUAAACUUGGUCGAGUGGUUCAGAGGUCUAGUUGCCAGUAGGCGAGGAGAAGAGGUCGUGGACCCGCGCAUCGAGAUCCAACCUGCACCAAGAGCAUUGAAGCGGCUCCAACUGAUUUGCCUUCGCUGUAUAGAUUUAGAUGCAAGUAAGCGACCGAAGAUGGGACAGGCUGUACACAUGCUCGAAGCAGAAGAGUUUCCCUAUCGUUCUGAAAGCCGAUUAGCCGCCCAACGUGAUGCCAUCUCCCCCACCAACAGUGCUAGCCCUACUGCUAUCGCCAGAAUUGCGUUGGCUCCAGUCGAAACAGCAGAGAGGUGAUGUGCAGUCUAAAAGGUUUAUAGAGCUUCACCGCCAAAGUUGUAUGAAUAGCCUUAUUCAAAAAAAGGUAUAAUAAGUAUUCCAAGUUUAUCAUGUAAAUCAAGUCGCUCUACUAGUUGAAGGAAGAUAGAGGAAUAAUAGUUUCACAUAUAGCAGUUGUAGAACAACACUUCUAUUAGUUUUGCUAUUAAUGUUUUGUUACACCUCCUGCCGAUGGUACUAAUGUGAUAAUUGAAAGGAAGAUUACCAUUUGGGAUCGACUGUCCAGUGCAUUACAAUAGCAGAGUAGUGCAAUUCGCUCUCCAUCACUAUAAUUUUUUUCUUGCACAACUACAAGCUGUAUAAGUGAUGAGAUUAAUGCAUUUUGUUUAUCCUUCUUUUAGUAAGCAUCUUUGCUGAAGUCUUGAGCGUCCGAUAAUUAAUCUUACUCAAGGAGCUCAUGGUCCAAUAAUUAGUCUUACUCAAGGAGCUCAUGGUCCGACAGUCUUCCUGGAUUCAUGUUAUUCGCUGAGCUAAGAUGUCAUUCAUAAAUCCGAGGGAUUUGUUAAUCCAUGAGAUACAGAUGUCAUAAGCUUUUGUGCAGCAAUUUGUGUAUGUAGUAAAUCAAUGAGAUGCGUUAAAAUUCUUGUGUUCGAGUAGUAAGUUAUAUAAAAGCUAUCCCCAUUGUAUCA